GCAGAAGCACCGCAGAGCUCGACUAGAAAACCUGCGCACUCCGAGCAGAAGCACCGCAGAGCUCGACUUUAAAACCUGCGCACUCCGACGUCUCCAAGCAGAAGCACCGCAGAGCUCGACAAUAAAACGUGUUUCUUCACCUGCACUCUACGUGUUCCUGUGACCAACAUGAAAAUGAUACUCAGUUUCACCUUCUUGUUGUGCGUCGCUUCUUUGGCAAGAGGAUACCCUGCCGUCGAAGAAAAAAACACCACAGACGUUCCAAAUUAUGGAACCUCUCAUUUUCAAGUUUUUGAAAUAGGCUUCUCGAACGCAACCGAGAAGGAUGAUGGUUCAGUGGAAGAGGAGAUAACUGUAUUGGAAUUUAAUUUUCCACCUGUGUUCCAAGCAUUCCUGAAUAGCAGUGGCAACACCAGCAACUCAACUACACAAGCAACAGUUGAUAAAAUUACGGAAAAAGAUGGCUCGACCAAAGCUAAGAGAUCAAACAACGAAGAUGAUGAAAGUGAAGAAAGUGAAGAGAGUAAAGAAAGUGACGAAGAAAAUGACGGACACUUUGCCCUAGCAAGUUCUGAUGGACACACGACAGAAAUUCACACUGUAAAGCCUGAUGACGUUACCACCAGUUCUACCGAUAUCAUCCCGGCAACUGAGGGAUCGAAAAACAAGACAGAUGGUUCAUUCCAUCGCUCAGGAGUUACUGAUUCUAGCUUGGAAAGCUCCCCUCUAUCCACCACCGAAACACAUCCCAUUGCCAAUAAAAGUAGCGGCUCAAAUGACACAGUUGGAAAUGGAAGUAAAAUCUUGAAAACUCGUUCCACUUCAGAAGAUGACUUUUCGGGCACAUUCAACUUGGGUCAUUACAAUGAUAACCGACAAUCAGGAUUUGUUCCUUCGAGGUUCAACUCAAACUUUUCAAGCACCUCGAACUUUAGUGGCAUUGCUUCAAAUUCAAGUGGUUUUGUAACCCCUUCACGCAACUUCACUUCGAAUUCAAGCGUUUUUGCAAUCCCUUCACGUAACUCCGCUUCGAAUUCAAGCAUUUUUGCAACCCCUUCAGUUCACUUCGCUUCAAAUUCAAGCGUUUUUGCCAGCAAUCAUAGCUUCUCUGCUUCCCCGACGGUUACAGGUUCCCAAUCUGGCGGGCCAGCAUUUGCUUCCAGCAGUCGAGGACACGAUCCCAACUCCACUUUUUCAUCUGCAAAUCCAAAUUUCCGAGUAAAUUUCCACGACAAUGAAGAUAAAUCCCGUAUCUCAGGCCCAAACCCUGGAGAAAGCGAUGACGCUCCUCUAGUGUUUGGUGUCGGUAGCCACCACCCCGCAUCUGUUACUCCAACUGGUUCCAUCUACGGACAACCAACAGCAUUCACUCCUUCCACUUCUAUUGACGGUGAAAAUACCACAAAAGUUUCAGUGGUACACUCAGUGAGCUUUUCCGAUAGAAACUCUACUCUUGCCGGAAGUCAUCUUCGAUUCAACUCAACCCUUCGGGGCGACAAUGCUACCUCAUCCUCGGCGCCGAUCCAUUUUGGGGUUGACAGCAGCGACGAUUCGGCGCAACACUCGAGAUUCCAGAGAGAUGCCGACGAUGUUCCUCAUCUCGCUCCUCAUGUGACCUCAGGCUCUUCUUCCAGCGGCAAUGCCUCCCACGCCUUAGCUUCUGAUGCAGGACAGACUUCUGAUUCUGUUGGGACUUCUCAUCAUGGUUCUGGAACUCUGGAUGUGUUUUCCUCUGCCUCUCCCAGUGGUUCGCCCCAUGCCAGAAACCAAGACUCUGAUGUCUCAGGACCUAAUCCUGGAAACGCUUUUGAUUCUCCAACCCCUGUGGGCUUUUCUACAAGUACCCUUCGUCCAGCAUUCACUUCAGAACAUCCAAAAGAUAUCAUCUACCGACGGCCUGCACCUUUUGCUCCAAACUCGCCCAACGCUAGCCUCGACACCACAGACCACUUCUUAGGUGGAAAUUCUACUCGUGAUGAUAACCAUUUUGGACCUCAAUCGGAUUUCCGAGGCGAUAGUUCUACCUCAACCUCUUCAUCUACCUCUACCUUUUCGGCUAGCAGACCCGGGUUGGCCCAGAGCGACAACUUCCCCGCGCCCCAACAUACGAGAUUCCAGCGAGAUUCAGACAACUCUUCACCCCUGCAUGCUGACUUGACUUCAGGCGUUGUGCCGCAUUCUGCUGAAGAAACCAUCAAGGAUGCAAACACUGACGACGACGCGGCUGUGACUAAACCUCUCGGCACCGCGACAAAAAUAACCGAAACUGACACCGAGAAGUAAAAAUUAUUAAUUUAAACAGAUUUUUUAUAUUAUAUUUGUAAGCCAACUGAUAAAUUUGUUAAUAUACUGGCUUGCAAAAUGAAGGAUGAUUGUCUGCCUAAAUAGUAAAAAGUUCUUAUUUUUGUUACUAAUUUUAAAAAUGCUGCCUUGCAGCGGAGAAAUCAGUGAGACUUCGUUCAAGUACUGACUCAAUUUUUGCGAUGAUGUGGGUCAUCCUGACCUAGUUUAUCCCAGCAAAUGAGCGUAUCAGAGCUACUUCCGUUCUCUGUUCGUGCUGUGGGUAAGAAAGUGUCAGUUUUUGGACAUUAUGUCACAUUAAUUUUUCUGAGUGUUGUUUCAGGCGGUGACAAAACAUGCUUGCCGCUGCAGUUAAGGAUGAUGCUUGGAAUUAACACUAGUAAUAUUAGUAUAAACUUAAUUCUACUAGAUAACAAUGCGUAAUAUGUGCUGAUUAAGAUUAAUGCAUUAUUUAAAUAACAGGUGUUUUUAUGGCUUUUGUUACCUGCGUUGUGAAUAAUAAUGUUUUAUUAUAUAUAUCAGCUGAAAAUUGUACUACAUUCAAGCAAUGUUCAAUUUUGUAGGCAUUCAAAUGGACGACGAUAAAAACUUUUUACGCACUAACCACAAAGUUUAUUUUGUAUUUUCCGCUUACUCCUUAGCUGCUAUUUUCUUAAAUAA